AAUCUUUAUUACAGACACAAAAGCAUGAAGCUGAGAAGCUGCAACCGCGCCCUGGCGGCAGCAGGGAUCCUGGGCGUGCUGGUGUCCACCUACGCCCUGUACGUGGAGCUCACUGCCGAGGCCCGGCCCGGGUACAAGGCGCUGUGUGACUUCUCCGAGGCUGCUAGCUGCUCCCGGGUACUCACUUCGAAAUAUUCCAAGGGAUUCGGUAUUCUGCCCAAACAUUCAGCUCUUGAAAUUCCUAACUGCAUUUACGGGACUCUCUUCUACUGCUUGAUGAUAUUAUUAGCUACUUUCGACCACUCUGCAGUGGUCACGCUGCAGCUUCUUCUGGCGCUCACCUCGUGCGCGUCCAGCGUGUACCUCGCGUAUCUUCUUGCAUUCGUGUUAAAAGAUUUCUGUAUUGUUUGUGUCUCCACAUAUUUUAUAAAUGCUUUGAUCUCAUUUUUAGUUUACAAAAAAAGGCAAAUUAUCAAAAGGUCCAUUGAAGAAAAGAAAAGUAAAUAAGUAUUUCAAUAUGAAGUGAAUAAAUUAUGAGUACGUUGUCAAAAUAUCUAACUAAUA